AGUGGAUGUGCAGUGUGCGCAUGCGCAGGAUGUUAAUCGGCACCUAGAAGCUGUAGGUGUAUGGGUGGGCGUUCCGGCGCCUUAUCUCUGGAUGUGUUCAGCCUCGCAUUUGGAGGCUGGUGAAGGUUCGGAGGCAAUUGCUACUGUGCCUGGCGCGCAUGCGCAGAUACAUGGGCAAGUGGUUCGCUGGUCUGGCAUCUGAGGAUGACUAUCUUGCUGGAAGACAGUCGGUGCACGGAUAUAGGGGAGGACCUGGGACGCACCCUUCUUCAGUGCUUUAUCUAUAUAGUGAAGGGCUCGAGGAUGCUCAGGCUUUGAAGUGCUCAAUUGCAGAUUUCUGUUCUGGAAGGAGGGCUUGUGUCACUCUCAUAAUCCUUUUUUUUUUUUUUUUUUUUUUGUGGGGAAGUGUACUGGGAAUCGAACUCAGGACCUUGGGCUUGCCAGGCAGGCGCUGUGCCACUGAGCUAUAUCUCCAGCACGCACUGUACUCAUAAGCAGUGAUUUGGGUUGAAAACACCAGCUCAGCACCUGCCAAGCCUGGAGGGGAGCAUGGAGAUACCGGAUGAGAAGCCCCCAGGGCCCUUGAAGGCCCACGAGCAGGACUCUUUCCUUCCUCAAGAGAUUAUCAUCAAGGUGGAGGGAGAAGAUGCUGGGUCACUAGCCACCCCAUCGCAGGAAGGAAUAAACUUCAAAAUUGUGACUGUGGACUUCACUCAUGAGGAUCAGGAGACUUGGACCCCAGACAGAGGUGUGACCCCGCCAGAGAACCACAGGGAACUGGUCUCUUGGGACCUGGCAACAGCAUUUGGAAGAAGAGAAUCAACCCAAAAGGAGAGCAAUUUUGAUGAAGAACUCUCUCAGGCAGUAAAGAUAGAAAAGUUAACACGAGAUGAUCCUUGGCUGUCUUCAUGUGAAGAAGUUCAGGACUGUAAAGACCAGUUGGAAAAGCAAGGGAGACUUUCGCAGGAAACAGUGCUCACUCAAAGGAAAGCAGUUAUUCAUGAGAGAGUCUGCAAAAGUGAUGACCUGGGGAAGAGUGUUGUUUGUUCCAGUCUUCUCUCGCUUCCCAUGAUACCCAUUAAAAACCAUUUUCAUAAACAUAUGUCAGAUGUUAAGAAGUUGCAUCCUACUUCUCUUGUAAACAGUCUUCAGAAGUUUAGUGAUGGUAACAAAGUAUGUGACGAUAAUGAACGCGGAAAACUCCCUCAGGGCAUACAUCUGUUUCAGUUUACAAGAACUAAAAAAAAAGAUAAAUCUUAUGAAUUUAGUGAUAGUAUUAAGCCUUUUAGCCAUGCCGUACCCAUACAUACAAAUGAGAAAAUUUAUUCAGACAGUAAAACUUUUGACUUUAAGGAACGUGGGCAAGUUUUGAACCAUGACAUACCCCCUGAUGAACAACAGAGAAUUCCUCUUGAAGAGAGUCAGUAUAAAUAUAGUAAAAUAUCUCAGAAUUCGUCCAUUGCUCAAAACAUAAGAAAUCAAUCCGAGGAGAAACCUUUUGAAUGUAAUCAGUGUGGGAAGUUCUUUAGCUGGAGCUCACAUCUUGUUGCACAUCAGAGAACACAUACAGGGGAAAAACCUUAUGAAUGUAAUGAAUGUGGAAAAUCCUUCAGUCGGAGCUCACACCUUGUUUCCCAUCAGAGAACUCAUACGGGAGAGAAACCAUACAGAUGUAAUCAAUGUGGGAAAUCAUUUAGCCAGAGCUAUGUCCUUGUUGUGCACCAGAGAACGCACACUGGAGAGAAGCCUUAUGAAUGCAACCAGUGUGGAAAGUCAUUCAGGCAGAGCUACAAGCUUAUUGCACAUCAAAGAACUCAUACUGGUGAGAAACCCUAUGAGUGCAAUCAAUGUGGGAAAUCGUUUAUCCAGAGUUACAAACUUAUUGCACAUCAAAGAAUUCAUACUGGAGAAAAACCUUAUGAAUGUAAUCAAUGUGGGAAAUCUUUUAGUCAAAGUUAUAAACUUGUUGCUCAUCAGAGAACACACACUGGGGAAAAGCCCUUUGAAUGUAAUCAAUGUGGAAAAUCUUUCAGCUGGAGCUCUCAGCUGGUAGCACAUCAAAGAACUCACACUGGAGAGAAACCAUAUGAGUGUAAUGAGUGUGGGAAAUCUUUCAACCGCAGCUCUCACCUUGUUAUGCAUCAGAGAACUCAUACUGGAGAAAAACCCUAUGAAUGUGAUCAGUGUGGGAAAUCCUUCAGCCAGAGUUAUGUUCUUGUUGUGCAUCAGAGAACUCAUACUGGAGAGAAGCCCUAUGAAUGCAGUCAAUGUGGGAAAUCCUUUAGGCAGAGUUCGUGCCUCACUCAACACCAGAGAACGCACACUGGAGAGAAACCAUAUGAAUGUAAUCAGUGUGGAAAGACAUUCAGCUUGAGUGCUCGACUGAUAGUACAUCAAAGAACUCACACUGGAGAGAAGCCCUUUACAUGUACUCAGUGUGGGAAAGCUUUCAUUAAUAGCUCUAAGCUUCUCAGGCAUCAGGCAACUCACAAUGAAGAGAAACCACAUGAAAUAGCUAGUGUAUAAAUCCUCAACGCAGGAUUGCUUUUACUUUUAAUCUUUUUAGACAUUCAUUUGAAUGGAGUGUGUGUUGUGUGACAUUUAGGUAAUGUAUGUUGACAAACUUUUGGUAAUCUGUUUGUUACUAUGUAUCUAGAAAUUUAUAAGAAAAGGGAAAAAUCUAUAAACUGCACAUAUUUAACUUAGUAGUUAUACAUGCCAGAUCCAAUUUGGCCUUACAAGCAUUCCUGAAAAAGUAAUAAAUAUAGGCAGUUUUCCUUGAAGAAAGCACUCAGUCUUGAGUUGGAGAGAAAACCAGGGAGGUGUAGAUCUUUUCCCAAAAAGCACACAAAAGGUGACACUGCUGGGUUUGCUGGGGAGAAGAUUGAAAGAUUUUUGUGGUAUUUAGAAUUUAGACUGGAAAACAGUGCUACCUUGUAUCAUUCUACCACAUGGUUUCCCCAUUAUUUAGUUUAUAGUUUGCUUUUUAAAAUAGCACUUUUCUGUUACUAUAAAUUGUGAUUGUGUGAGAGAAAAAAGGAAAAUGGUUACGAUACAAGAUGAAAAAUGUAGGGGAAAAUAUAGAAAUAUUUUAUAGAACUACUAUAUUUGUGUAUGGGUGAAAUUUGAAAGAGAUUAUGGGUGUAUCUAUUUGAUAUUUUUAUUUAUGUGAAGUGUUUUCAGAAAUGUAUGCGGUAUUGCUAUAAUAAAUGAUAUAAUGAGUAAAAGUUAAAUCCAAAAGGAAACUGUUUUCCAUCUUGUUUAACUCGAGCAACCAGAUUGCAAAGGUCACCCAGGUUUCCUUUUUUUUUGACACAGUGUCACACACUGUUGCUGAGGCUGGUCUUGAACUAUGUAUCCCAAGCUUGCUUUGAACUUGUAGUGACCCUCUUGCUUCAUCCUUCUGAGUGCUAGGGUUACAAGUGUGCACACAAUACCCAGCUUCACCCAGGAAUUUCCAUUUUGCUUAGCAUGAGCUGAUCAUGCCUUGGGGCUUGGAUUCUUAGGGGUAUUACCUAGAGAAGUUCCUUAGAAAUAGGUAACUAAAAUUUAGACUAUAAGGGUUCUGAGGAGGGAAUGAGAAUGCAUGGAUUAUAGAGGAUAUGAGUGCUUACUUUAAUAUAUUUAGGCAUAAAGAAGCACUAUUUUCAAGAAAAAAUUUCUUCCCUGGUCUGCUGUUGUCUUUAUUUCCUGUGAUAUGUUCCCUAAUAUGAGAGACUUGGGGGUAUGCUAUUCUGGCUAAGUAUUUUUCACCUCAAGUUUGCAAGACGGUGUUUAGUGUGGCAAGCUUUUUAGCUUCUCUUUGAUUUUUAAGAUUUGGUUCACAUGUCUUUGUGGUAUUUUUUGCUAAGUCCUAAAUUCUCAUCCUGUGAAUUAUGAUCCUAGAAAGAUAAUAAAAAAUAUGUUGAGUUUAACCGAAGACCAGAGAAUAGAGGUAUAUCCUCUGGAGAAAAGAAGGAAAACUCAAAAUGACUUCUGAUAGAACUUUUGGUAAAAUUCCAUUCACUCAAGAUUACCCAGAAGACUUUAAGAAUAAAGCCCCUAUAGUGUAGCACACUUGGCAGUGACAGAGUGUCUGGUGGAACAGUUGUUGGUGUCUGGAAAACAGUCCCACCCCUGCAUCAUCUCCUCCCAGCCCAUCAGUGCACAGAGAAGUGGCAAGGGUUCCCCAUACACUAGCUUUUGGAGGCAGCUUGAAAUUGUGGAAAAUGCCAGUUUAACAGUGGGAUCUAUGUAGACUUUCCCAAUGUGAUAGGUAAGAUUGAUAUUGGUGCUUAGUAUCAGUGGAUGAUUUUCACUGGACUCUUUGGAUCUUUCUCUGAAGGCAAGGAAUGAAGAUUAUACAAAUGACUAUGAAGUCAAAUGGGCUAAAAAUAGGGCUCUGAAGUUUUUAAUAUUUGGAAAUGAUUUUUAUUCCUAUGGAAUUUCUUCCAUAAAUGUUGAAAAUACUUCAUUGAAAAUGUGAAGUUUGUAAAAUUGAAAAAACAUAUUUGGAAAUGUCCAGUGUGUGUGUGUGUGUGUGUGUGUGUGUGUGUGUGUUUCUAGCUACCUUGCCAGGUUGAUUAUCAACAUGUGUGCCACAAAUGUAUCUACUCCUGGGUAGUGAUUUAUGCUUGCCAAAUGUUUUGAAAUAAAUAGAUUUGCUAAUAAAAUUGCUAAUUUC